AUGCGUUACUACUCACUGAUUUCGAAUGAUGGCGAUUCUAGGCUGAUCGUCGAAAAUCGCCAAUCGAUCGCCUUGGAUCUUACGAGCUUGGACCCCGAUCUGACCGACCUUAGCGACCUGCUUCUCGCGGCCUCGCUGUCGGGUAUGUCGGUUGACGAGAUAACAGACCUGAUUCUGGAGACCGGCGACGCCGACAGGUUCGAUCUGGGCGAGACGAUGGACCGCUCAAGGGACGGUGACGGGUACUACCGCCUCGAUAGGCCGUUCGAGCCGCCUGAGGUCUGGGCCGCGGGCGUCACCUACAAGACCAGCGAGAUGGAGCGGCAGCGUGAGAGCGAGACCCCCGACGUCUACGCCAGCGUGUUCACCGCCGACCGCCCGGAGGUCUUCCUCAAGGCGACCCCGGACCGCUGUGUCGGCCCCUUUGACGCGGUCGGAAUCAGGGGAGACUCGGACUGGAGCGUACCAGAACCAGAGCUGGCGUUCGUCCUGCACAGGGGCGAGAUCGUCGGAUACACCAUCGGAAACGACAUGAGCAGCCGGUCCAUAGAGGGUCAGAAUCCUCUGUACCUUCCGCAGGCCAAGCUCUUCGACAGGUGCUGCUCAAUCGGACCGUGCUUCGUGACCGCCGAGGACCUUGACCCAACCAACCUGGACAUCUCUUGCUCAAUCGUUCGGGAGGGACAGGAGGUGUGGUCCGAUCAGACCUCCACCUCGCUGAUGGCGAGAACGUGCGAGGAGCUUGCAGACUGGCUACAGCGGCACAAUCUCGUGCCCGACCUGACCACCGUGCUCACCGGCACUGCGAUUGUUCCCCCGCCCGAGUUCACCCUCCGAGAGGGCGACGUAGUGACCAUCACCAUAGAAGGCAUCGGCUCACUCGAAAACGAGGUGAUCGAGGUAUAG